AUGGUCAUUCACUCGUUUUAUGGCCCCGUACCGCCGCAACCAGACGAGAAUGUGCACACCCUCCUUUUCGAGGAGCGUCCAUGGCCUGAACCAGCAGACUUUCCUCUUCACAUUGAUGGAUUGACGGGGGAGACGCGGACUAGACAAGAGUUUGCAGACAGAAUGUAUGACAGUGCAACUGCGCUCGGUACUCCCGGCUCGCAAGGUGGUUUGGGGCUCGGUGCAGAUGGUGACAUAGUCGGCAUACUCAGCCAUAACUCACUCGAUUACAUCGUCCUCAUGCAUUCGCUUUUGAGGAUUGCCACACCGUUUGCGCUGCUGUCUGCGCACUCCACACCUUUUGAGCUGGGGAAUUCGCUCCGCACUUCCAAGGCGACAUGUCUGUUUGUCCAGCCAGAGCUCCUGCCAGUAGCUCUUGGUGGGGCACGAGAAGCUGGCUUAUUAGAGGACCGGAUAUACAUCCUGCAGGGUAGUGUGCCUGGAAGGAGGAGUCUUGCAGACAUGAUCCUCGACGUCAGAGCGCGCACGCUCUCGCGCAUUCCUGCGAGGCCUGCCAAACAGGAUACGCUUGCAUACCUUGUGUUUUCUAGCGGAACGACCGGUUUACCCAAAGCGGUAAUGAUAUCGCACGGGAACAUUCGGUACUCCCUCAUCCAACAGGACAUCGCACUGCGAGCUGAAGACGCACUCCCCCCUGUCUUUCCACCACCUGUGUGCCUAGCGAUACUCCCAUUUUACCAUACGUAUGGUUUGCACAUAAGUUGCCUGCGCCCCUUGUACACCUCGUCGACCCAUGUCAUCAUCCCGAAGUGGAACGUCGACCUUGUGUUAGAACUUAUCCCAAAAUAUCAGAUUGCUAUGCUGCCCCUUAUUCCGUCUGCGAUACAUCAGCUAGUCCAUCACAAAAACAUCGACAAGGCAGACUUCAGUUCGGUGAUGACUUUCGGAUCGGGUGCGGCGUACCUUCCGCCAGAUUUAAUGGAGCGUUUCAGCCAAUUACUUCAGAAGCCGCACGAAGUCGCUGAAGGAUAUGGCUCCUCGGAGGGGACAAUAGCGACUCUACGCCGGACAACCACUCGCACUUUAAAUGGACGCUACCCGAUGAAGCGGGGCGCGACGGGGAUCCUCAUUGCCGGUAUGAGUGCACGCAUCGUCCGCGCGGACGGCACAGACGCGGACGUGGGGGAGCCCGGCGAGCUUUGGCUCUCCGGGGGCAACGUCGCGCUAGGAUACUUCGGAAACGAGAAGGCCACGCGCGAGGCAUUCCAGGACGGGUGGCUGAAGACGGGCGACCGGUUCUACGUGGAUAAGGAUGGCUUUUUCUUCUUUGUAGACAGAGUGAAGGACACGCUGAAGGUUUCGGGGCUGCAAGUGUCGCCAAGCGAGAUCGAGGCGGUCCUAAUGACGCAUCCUGGUCGGCUUAUCGUCGACGUGUGUGUCGGGGGAGUCCCCGGCGGACGCACCUCCGACGAACUCGUCCCCCGCGCGUGGGUCGUGCUGAGUGAGGACGGCAUGCGUAGAGGGUUGCGCGAGGUGUGCGCCGAGAUGGAGCGCUGGGCGAGGGCGAACUUGAGCCAGUACAAAUGGCUGAGGGGCGGUAUAGGCAUCGUUAACGAGAUACCGAAGAACCCAACGGGAAAGGUGCUCAGGCGUGUACUGCAGGAAAGGCACGAGCAGGAGUUGCAGAUGCGAAAGAAAAUACCACAAUCGAAACUAUGA